GUCUUGUCUUUUAAAAACCGUAUUUGAGAAACACAUUGGCUAUAUGUCAACGAUAGUGUAUACGCUAACAUUACAUCAUAUAAAAUUGUAAUUGUAAAUCAUAAGUGAAUUCUUAACAAUGCUGGUUGGCUAUAGUAGUAGCUCCGACGAGGAAGUUGAGAAUCCAAGUGAAUUAACAGAUUCGACUGGUAAACGCAGAACAGUGUCCUCUUCAGUGUCCUUUGAAGAGGAUUGCUAUGAUCGAGCUGAGAAUAAAAAAAUGAGAAUCGAACAGCAGGCGCCGAAAACAAGACUGCCUGUCCCCGGAUGUCUGUUGGCCAUGUUUCCAGAGGAAGAGGAGCCAGAUAAUGACACGUCCCUUCAUGAUGGACGUAUCCGUUCCUUUAAGCACGAGAGAGGAAAUUGGGCAACCUAUGUAUAUUUUCCAUACCCCCCAGACGAGGACUUCAUGGAGCUGCUGGAGGAGCUGCUGGAGGUGGCGGGAGCUCGCGGUGUGCUGCUGACCCAGCAGAGGGAGUUCCAUCUCAGCGUGUCUCAGACAGUGGUGCUGAAGCACCAUUGGAUCCAGCCCUUCACAGAGAGCCUUAAGGGCAGCCUGACCAGCUGCAAAAGGUUUGUUUGCUCUGCAGGAUCGCUCAGGGUCUACAGUAACGCUGAGAGAACCAGGACGUUUUUGGGAAUGGAAGUGUCUGCUGGACAUGCUCAGUUGGCAGAGAUUAUGAAAAUGGUGGACAAAACUAUGAUAGAAUUUCGCCUUGACACAUUCUAUAAGGAUCCCUCGUUUCACGUGAGUCUAGCCUGGUGCGUCGGGGACUUCACAGCCCAGCUGAAAGAAUGCCUUAAGGAAUUACAGGGUCUGGUUGACCACCAUGAGGAGGGGGCGUUCCUGCUGACGUUGGACUGUCAGGAGCUGCGCUGCAGGGCAGGAAACAAGACCUUUAGCUUUCCUCUGCAGUCCUGAAAAACCGGAUCUUUUAAAAGUGGAGCAGUAAAACACCAGCGGUACGACGAACAGAGUUGAGCCAAGGACAAAGCUCCCGGAUGAAAUCAAGCGGGGAUGGUUUCAAAUGGAAAUGGAAAGAUAACAAUGUCGCGAGACAUUUGUUAAAAGGCUCUGGACUUCUUCGACAGACAUUAGCGUAGCGCUGGGAAGACAUUGGUUGUUCUAGUGGUCACUAAAAAGUGGUAAUGUGGAUAUCGAAAAAUAUGAAUUUAUAAUGGACAGCUACCUGCCCAUUAUAAAUGAAAUCCUCAUAUUUUUAUCACAUCACAUGUAUACAUCCCAGCCAAAUGCAAUAUCAUCACAGAAGUCCGGAAAGCCACGUUUUAAAUGUUCACAUGUCAAUGAAACACAUGAUAUAUUUUUAGAAGAUGUAAAUAAAGAUUUAAGAUUCAGUAAA